AUGACCAGGGGUGCUUGGACGUGUCUGCAGCAAGAAGACGGCUUCAAAAUCUGGCUAGAACCCCGCGAGAACGAAAAGCCAUUCACCGACUCAGAGAGGGCCCAGAGAUGGCGACUGUCCUUGGCUUCACUCUUGUUUGUAACCAUUCUGCUCUCUGAUCACUUAUGGUUCUGCGCCGAGGCGAAAUUGACAAGGACCCGUGAUAAGUUUGCAUUGACGGACAUGGGAGUUUACCCAUCUGCAAACCCAAUCCCAUCAUCCAACCUCCAUUUAGCACACAGCAGCCUCCGAGAAAACGAAUAUGCUAUUUUUGUAGGGAAUUCUACCAAACCUUUGUGGCGACUUGGAACUUGCCAUCGCGAUAGUUUAUCUAAAAACUGCUUUACUUUUGAUGACGCCGACCAUUUGUGCAAGGACCUUUCGGAUAAAGAAGGGACCCGGACUGUAAAUAUAAGUGAUUUGUACCUUUCCUUUUGUAAUUCUUAUUCUCUUUUGGAUUUGUUUUACGGGUCUACGAGUCCGGACAAUUUGAACUGCAGUCUUGACGUGAUUAUUGAUGGCGAUGUGGCGAGGUGCAGCCUGUGCGUCCAGGCGUACCAGCGCUACGACCAACACGCCCUGGAGAAAUAUGAGGAAUUUGAGCUUAUGACUCAGAAAUAUGAAACGGAUGCAUAUUCAGUGAGAACAUGCAUGGAUGAAUGUAAGGUUGCCUACAAACCGUGGCUGUGUGCACAGUAUUUCCCCACCACACAGAGGCAUUGUGGGAGGACAGUACCGUGUCUCCAGUACUGCUUGGAGGUUCAGCAGAGGUGUCCCUUCAUACUGCCGGACAAUGAUGAUCUCAUCCAUGGAGGAAGCCCCAGCUUCAUAUGUACAGGGCUACUGGGGAGCCAUGGGCAGCCCAACAGCCAGGCAGAGUGCUGCGACAUCCGGUGGGACUCUAAACCGGACAACCGCUCCCGUGGGACGCUGAAAAGGACUCCAACACCCUCCUGCCAUCACCAACAGGGGGUGUCGACAUCAGUCACCUCGGCCGCCACACCCACCAGACUGUGCAGCAGCAGUGGCCGGCUGAAGCUGUGCCUGCUGGUCUUUGUUCUCCUGCACACUGUAGUCACCAUCACCACCGCCUCCCACAAUUCCACUGGGGUCGUCGGUGUGGCGGCCAUUUUCCCCCUGGAGGAAAGCUCCUCCAGUGAGGAAUAA